AUGCGACAUAUCGACUCCCCGGGAGGUGAUACCACGUACACAUUAUGGGGGAGGCAUGAUUCUGUGGGAAUGCUUCGACACUAUAUAUCGCUUUCCGGCGAGUCACGUCGACCCGUCUCGUCUCUGGAGCCAUCCAUUGACUCCCCGGGAUUUGAAAACCAUAUGUAUAUUACAGAGGACGCCUUUCGACACUAUAUCUCUUUCCGGCGACAUACACAUCUCCCAGCCUCUCAGAUAGUCUUGACACGACGUAUGGACCUCCCGCGAGUAUGUCCCGACAAGCAACACAUCAUCCACGUUGCCCAGUCUCUGUGCGAGACCUAUGGACCUCCCGCGACACAUCACUUUGAUGGCCUUGAUGCGCGCGCAUUCCCCGACGCUAUGCAUCGCUUUGGGCACCUCUCCCCGCAAACUGGACUCACAAGUCUUGACACCCGCGAAACUUGUGCAAUGCUCGGUGCGUUCAUUUCGUUGUAG